AUGGGACAAGAUGAUGACGUUCAAGCCUCUUUCGCACAUAUUGUGCUGUGCGGACUGCUCGACAACGAUUUCAAAGCAGCCUACGUAAUUAGCUACAAAGCUACAAGAUAUCUCGCUUUGCCUUGCCUCAUGGCCGAUAUAUAUCGUUCCAACCAAACUUUGAGUUCGAUCCAUCUUCUAUCUGGACUGGUUCCUUUUGCAUUGGCGUUGGCCGGUGAUGAUAAUGUUCAUCUAGGGAAUCUUGUCAUAGCUUGCAAUAUUCUAUCACUAUGUCACUACUCGUUCGAGAACGGUAGAGAGUAUGGUUGGUACACAGCUGGUGCUGCUAUAUUUGCGUAUAUAUUGACCCCGCAAAUGGGACACAAGAUGUUGUACCCAUUAGGAUUGGCUUUGAUGGAAUAUUUCGCAUACAGAUUGUUUCAUAUACAUUUUGAUGCAGCGUCUGCGCCUCCACGAAGAUAA